AACUCUCAUACCAAUGGAUUCCAUUUCCUUUUUUUUCUUUUUUUGCUUUCCUUUUGUUUUUGUGUUUCUCUUGUAAUUCUCCUUUUUUUUUUCUCAUUUUUCUUUUUUCUUUUUUAUUUCUAUUUCUAAUUCUAUUUCUAUUUCUAUUUUUUGAAACCACUCUUACGUUCUCUCAAAACAUUCCUGUUUCAUCACUCCUUUGCUUUCCCUAUCCACCCAAACAUCAUUUCCUCUUUCCUUCCUUCACACACUCCAUCCUACACCGAUUCUUCCCUUUCCCUUUACUCUUGUUUUUUUAAAAUGUCUUUUCAAUUAGACACAAGCUCUUUUGGUUCUGACAUUAAAAAAGCUCAUGCCCAAGUCCUAAAUGGCUCCCCAGAUUGCUCUUGGGCCGUCUUUGGUUAUGCCAAAGGUCAAGGCAAUGUUUUAAAAGUGCUAGCUACGGGAAAUGAUGAUUACGAAUUUCUUGAUGAAUUUGACGAAAACGCUAUUUUGUAUGGUUUUUUGCGCGUAAAAGAUUCCAAUACGGGUCUUCAUAAAUUCGUUUUGGUUUCUUGGUGCGGUGAGGCUGCUCCUAGUUCUCGAAAAGGAUUGUUUCCCAUCCAUUCUGCCUCCGUUACUCGUUUACUAAAUGGUUAUCACAUUCAAGUCACCGGCCGUGAAUCUUCUGAUCUCAAUUUGGACGACAUUCACCGUCGUGUCGCCGACGCUAGUGGUAGUAAAUACUCUUCAAAUACUUCUACUUCUACUUCUGCUACCUCUGCUCCAAAGCCUGCUUCCGCUUUUUCCCAUCGUCAAACUCCCCCUCCUGGUACAGUCGUUGGUUCCGUCCCUUUCCAGAAGCCUGGGAUUGAAGAUAAUACGUGGAGCGAUACCUAUAAACAACGCCCUACCCAACCUCAACCUUCUCUUCGUAUUCCCGUAAAUGCGAAUUGGUCCAACGCAGAGUCUUCUCAGCCCGAACCGGAAAAGCAACCACAGCCUUCUUCAAUCAAGCCUGCUCCUACUCCUACUCCGGCUCCCGCCCCUGCUCCUGGCCCGACUCAACCAACGUUCGUGCAAAAACCUGCUGCUUCGUCCACGUCUGCUUCUACCUCUAAACCGGAACCAAAGGAAUUAAAUUCUCCAAUCUCAAAAGCUUCUACUGAAUCUACAAAGACUCCCACUUCCGAGUUGGAACAGCUUCAUACUAGUGGAAACGUUAAUUUAUCUGCUAAAAGAGCCCUGUUUGAGCGUUUUCAAAAAAACGACACCUCUUCCGCCAUUCCUCAGACAAGGCCUCAACCACGCAAACUCAACCGAAGCUUUGAAGCUCCUGCUUCUCCCAAACCCCAAGCUUCAGACAUACCAUCUGCUCCCAAGGUUGAUGCUUCUGCUUAUACCAACAAUGAUGAUUCUAAAGAGGCUCCUUCAGAUCCACCAAGUGUUGCUUCUUUACGAUCUCGAUUUGCCAAUCAAAAUUUGAACGAUCAAUCCACUUCUUCCUCUACUUCCAAUACUCAGCCUUCGAAACGUGCCCCUGCUCCUACUGCUACUCACUCGGCACCCGUGCCCGUAGCUGAACCGGUACCUGCACCAAGCAAUACGUCUCCGUUGCCUCAAGCUCCUCCUGUACCAACCGCGCCCCCAAGACCGGAAAUUGCAAACCGUGUACCAUCUCCUCCUCCUGUGGCUUCUUAUGCUCCACCUCCACCUCCUCCCCAACAGGAACAGAAACAGGAACAGGAAGAAAACCCACCUCCCGUCCCGGCCAUGCCCCCAAGACCAGAGUCUACGAACCAAGCACCCCCUCCUCCUCCCCCUGUUGUUCCUGAACCUGAAUCUGAACCUGAGCAGCCUGUUGCACCUGCUUCGGUAACACACUUGGAACCAUCUCCACCUGUGCCUGCCAGGUCAGAUGAGGAAGGACCCCCCAUACCUCCUCUUCCACCGGUAGUGGAAACAGAAAUGCCACCACCACCCCUUCCUCCCACACCCAACAUUCACUCUCAUGAAGCCGAGGAUCAGUCACAACACGCUUCAGAGCCUUCCUCAAAAACCCCAGCUGUCGUAAUCUAUGAUUAUUCGCCUGAGGAAGAAAACGAAAUCGAAUUAACUGAAGGUGAGAAAAUCACAAUCAUAGACUUUGUCGAUGAAGGUUGGUGGCUUGGUGAAAAGUCAAAUGGUAAGCAAGGAUUAUUUCCUUCCAAUUAUGUUGAGCUUUUGCAAGAGGAAACCGUUGCCCCGGUUCAGGCCUCUGAAAGUAAUGUCGAAGAUACUUCAGGUCAAAUUUCAGUAAAAGCCGUCUACGAUUAUGAAGCGCAAGAAGACAACGAGUUGACCUUUUAUGAAAGUGAUAUUAUUACGAAUGUCGAUCGCAUUGAUCCAAAUUGGUGGGAAGGUGAAUGUCAUGGACGACGUGGCCUUUUUCCUUCCAAUUAUGUUGAAGAAUAGUUGUCCUCGAAUUUCAUUUAAUGCCUUUUUUACUUAUGAUUGAUGUAGUUUACGUCGUUUCCCACAUUAUUGAACAUUAAAAAUAAAUGAAAUCUUUUUGUUUCUCUUUUUGACUUUUUCAGAUA